AUGCAGACGUACCUGCUGUUCCAGCUGCUGCGGCGCACGCCGCGGCCGACGCUGCAGUUCGCCGCGCAGACGGUGCUGCCGGUGCUGCACCGCGACUUCGUCGGCGGGCUUCCGGCCGAGGCCGCGCACCACGUGCUGCGCUUCAUGGACACGCGCACGCUGUGCCGCGCCGCCUGCGUGUCGCGCAAGUGGCUGCGCGCCGUCGACGGCGACCGCACGCUGUGGCGCGCGCGGCUGCUGGACGCGCGCAACGGCGCGGCGCUGGCCGCGGCGGCGUCCACGCCGCACGCUGCGGCCGCGGCCGGCAACGCCUUCAAGGCGCAGUACGCGCGCGACUACCGGCUCGACCGCAACUGGCAGGCCGGCGCCUGCCGCCACUUCAGCUUCGCGUGCGACGGCGGCGCCGUCGUCACGUGCGUGCAGCUCACCGACAGGUACAUCGUGGCCGGCUUCGACACAAAGAACAUCUUUGUGUUCGACAUCGACACCGGCGCGACCGUGCGCCAGCUGGUGGGCCACGAGGGCGGCGUGUGGGCGCUGGCCGUGGUGGGCGGCACGGUGGUCAGCGGCAGCACCGACCGGACGGUGCGCGUGUGGGACCUGGAGUCCGGCCGGUGCACGCACGUGUUCGCCGGCCACUCGAGCACCGUGCGGUGCCUGCAGGUGCUGCUGCCGACGGACGUGCGCACGGCGCGCGAGCGUGCGCUGGGCGCGCCCGUGCGCUAUGAGCCGCCGGAGCCGCUGGUUGUCACCGGGUCGCGCGACACGACGCUGCGCGUGUGGAAGCUGCCCAGCCCGCUGAACGACGCGCCGUACUCGCCGCGCUCGGCGUCGAUAGCCAUGCCGAGCAUCGGCGACGCGGCAAUGCGCUUCCGCUCGCCAUUCGGCGUGCCCCGCGCCAACCCAUACUUUGUGCGGACCCUCGGCGGGCACACGGACUCGGUGCGCGCCGUGGCUGGCCACGGCAACAUGGUGGUCAGCGGGUCGUACGACUUUUCGAUCCGCGUGUGGAACCUGGCCACCGGCGCCCAGCUGCACCAGCUCGAGGGCCAUACGUCGAAGGUGUACACCAUUGUGCUGGAUACCGAGCGCCAUUUGAUUUUGUCCGGCAGCAUGGACGGAACCAUCCGUGUGUGGAACUGGGACUCGGGCGCGUGCCUGCGUAUUUUGCGCGGCCAUUUGACGCUUGUCGGGCUGCUGGCGCUGCAGCACGAUACGCUGGUGUCUGCUGGCGCCGAUACGACGCUGCGCAUCUGGGACCACCCGACCGUCGCCCGUCCGCAGCCAAAUGUACUGAGACAACACACGAGUGCGAUUACGUGCUUCCAGCAUGAUGGAACAAAGAUUGUCUCGGGUGCGGAUACGACUUUGAAGCUGUGGGAUGUGAGGACGGGCGCCUUUGUGCGCGACUUGUUGGCGAAUCUGACGAGUGUUUGGCAGGUGCGGUUUGAUAAGCGUAGGUGCGUGGCAGCUGUUAAUCGCAAUGAUGUCACUUACUUUGAGGUCAUGGAUUUUGAGUAA